AUGUGGUUGAAAAACCUGUUGUUCCUGUUGGUCAAAAAGCGCAAGAUACAAAAAGAACAGUCUACACCCAAACCAGUAGAGAAAAACCUUGAGACAGUUGCCAGAGAACUGGAGGUAACAGAGCUUCACCAGCAGCUUGAGGAAAACCGGUACUUACCAAUCAGCCAAGUUAUAAGAGAGUCGAUGGAUAUCUUGGUAACCGAUUCUCGACCAGCAACACCAGAGCGUGACGUUUGUAUUGACUGUACAGUUCUACAGGAACAGGUCCAGUCCAACACCAACCAGAUAUGUGGUCUACAAAACCAGCUGCAGUCCUAUAAUAGCCAGCUCCUUUCAACAAAGAGCCAACUGCAGUCUUCACUAAACCUCAACCAGAGCUUACAACAUCAACUUAGUAAUCUCCAAUACUAUGUGCAGAUAAUGUGGAGUAAGAAUCCGGGUUGGUUUCAGUCCUCACGCAAUGACCCUAGUACUUGCUAUAGAGGUGAGAGCAGCUUUCAACAAGACAGAAACAACAACCAACAGAUAUCAACUCCACAGCCAUCGACUCCUCAGCCAUCAACUCCUCAGCCAUCGACUCCUAAGUCAUCAACUACUCAGUCAUCAACUCCACAGCCAUCAACAACUCAGUUAACUCCUCAGUCGUCAACUCCUCAGUCAUCUACUCCUCAGUCAACUGACCACCAUACAUCUUUAAACAGAGUUACAUUUGCCACUUCACAGAAUGAAACUCUUGACAUCAGCUGUAUUCCAGUCAGUACAACACCAAUGGCCAAUUCAUCAUUCAUUCAGGAUACAGCAGCGUCUUCCACAGUUGCCUUUUACAACAACUACACACAGGAAAUCCUAGAAGCCAAGGUUUCCAAAGUGAAAAACUUCAGCAAAUGUGCAAAGGUACUACUGAGACUACUAUACAGUGACCAGGAACGUCAGGGGCGGAGUAUAUCAGGUGUAGCUGCUAAUUCAAAGUAUGAGGCCAAACCUGCAUUACAACAUCCUAACAGAAUUCAGGUUAUUUAUGAUAUCAUAAUCAAGAGAUGGCCCACUGUGUCAAAAAAAGAAAUCAACGGCAAGCUAGCUGAAUGUCUGAAACCAAGUGCCAGCAAGUAAUUGAGUUUGUUCAAGAAAAUAAGGAUUUUGUUUCCAUGUUUGCUUUAACUGUCUUUUACAAAUAGUGCAUUUUUUUUUAAGACAAAUAUUUAUAUUUUUCAUGAUACUUGAUAUGUAUGAGUCAUUUCCCAAUGAUUGUUUAAAAAUAGAGGUUCAAUUUUAGUAAUUUCUUAUGUGACAACUGCAUGUAUUUAUUUUCUAUAUUGUUAUCAAAUGUUGAAGUUUAAUAAAUUUUAUUUUUCAUAGAAUUGUUUUUUUUGUAAUAAU